AUGCAGCCCUCCGAGAUGUUCGUCGGCUCGAUCGAUCAGGGGACGACCAGCACCCGGUUUCUGAUCUUUAACCGUGAUGGUGAACCCGUCGCAUCGCAUCAGGUGGAAUUUAGCCAGAUCUACCCCCAUCCUGGCUGGCACGAACAUGACCCCCUCGAACUCGUCUCGUCCGUGGAAACCUGCAUCGCCGGCGCCGUCCAAUCCUUCGAAAGCCAAGGCCACGACCGCACCAGCAUCGCCUGCGUGGGAAUAACCAACCAACGCGAAACGACAGUCGUCUGGGACCACGAGACGGGCGAACCCCUCCACAACGCCAUUGUAUGGACAGACACCCGCUCCCAAGCCAUCGUCUCCGAACUAAAAGCCCGACCCGGUGCCUCCCACCUCCAAUCCCUCUGCGGCCUCCCGCUAUCAACAUAUUCUUCCGCGACAAAACUGCUAUGGAUGCUCGCGCACGUGCCCAAGGUGAAAGAUGCUUUUGACCGCGGGACGUUGGCGUUUGGAACUGUCGAUGCUUGGCUGGUGUACCGUUUGAAUGGCGGCGCUGCUGCUAACGUGUUUGUCUCGGAUUCGACAAACGCUUCAAGGACUAUGUUUGUUAAUCUGGAGAGCUUGCAGUAUGACGAUGCCCUGCUGGACUUUUUCGGUAUUAAGGGGAAGAUUCAUUUGCCGAGGAUUGUCCCCUCGAGUGACCCCGAGGCGUAUGGGGUAAUUGCGAGCGGUGUUCUUGCCCAGGUGCCCAUCAUGGGAUGUCUAGGUGAUCAGUCGUCCGCGCUGGUGGGACAGAAGGGGUUCUCGCCGGGAAUGGCGAAGAAUACAUACGGCACGGGCUGCUUCCUGCUGUAUAAUGUUGGCGAAAAGCCAGUUAUUUCAAAACAUGGGCUACUAGCGACGGUAGCGUAUGAUUUUGGCGGGAAGCCUGUCUAUGCGCUGGAAGGCAGUAUUGCGGUAGCCGGCUCUGGCGUGAAAUUCCUGCAGAAUAAUUUGUCGUUUUUCCAGGAUUCGAAGGAGGUGAAUGAUUUGGCAUUGACGGUGGAGGAUAACGGGGGCUGUGUGUUUGUGACUGCGUUUAGUGGCUUGUUUGCACCCUAUUGGAUCGACGAUGCCAAGGGGACAAUCUUUGGAAUCACCCAGUACACUCAAAAAGGUCACAUUGCCCGCGCAACCCUCGAAGCAACUUGUUUCCAGACAAAAGCCAUCCUCGACGCAAUGGAAAAGGACAGCGGCAAAGCCCUUUCUGAACUCGCAGUGGAUGGAGGAAUGAGCAACUCAGAUCUAGCAAUGCAGACCCAAGCAGACCUCAUCUCUAUCCCAGUAUACCGUCCCAAAAUGCGCGAAACCACCGCAUUGGGUGCUGCCAUCGCCGCUGGCCUGGCGGUAGGCAUGUGGCGCAACUUUGCGGAACUGCGCGACAUCAAUCGUGCCGGCGGCGCCGUCUUCGAGCCCCAAAUCACCCGCCAAGAAAGCGCCGACAAGUUUGGUGAAUGGGAGAAAGCAGUGCGUAUGAGCCGGGGCUGGAUUGGCUCGGAUGAUUCCCAGGACAAAGAUGGAGAUCGAAAACUGGAUGGCGAGAAUAAGUCCACCUCGCACGAGACUCAACAUAACAACACGGCCAAGACCACAAGUAACGGGAUCCAUACAGCGCCGAGCGAGAAUCGGGGUAUGGGUAUUCCCAAGACUGCACCGCGACAGAAUACUUCGCCCCUGGUCUCGGAACUAGUGACGAGUGGUGGUCUGAACACGACACUGAAAGUGAAGACGAGAACGGCUGCGAAUGGGGACGGAGAUAGAUAUCGGGAUUGGGACUUUUCACCGGCGAAGACGCCGUUGAUUAGUGUUUCGGGGGAUUUGGACGAGGCGGAUGAGGAGGAUCUGUUUUUGGAGUUGAGAAAGGUGGAGAUUUUGCAGAAGUUGAAGAAGUUGAGAAAAUUGAAGUUGAGUUAUUUCUAG